GGUUGGUAAAAAAAACCCGACUUGCGGGACGCAACCUUGCCUUUGAAAACUCCAACAAUCAUCCACUGAAAUUUGUCGACCGUGUAGAAAGGUUUGGUGAUUCCGAUAUGGCCUCCGCACAAGGCAGGCAGGUACGGAUCUCGAAGAUUGCGUCCAGAUAUCUGGUCUUCGACGUUCAGGAUGUCGUCUAUCUACGCCGGCACCAUGAUAUCUGCGCCGUCUUUGUGGGCACGAUGCCGCAGAACCCCACGCAAAACAUAUUCAUGGGACUGCCUGUAGAGCUACUUCCAGAAGAAGCAAGCGUGCUUGUAAAUAAGAAGGUUGCAUAUAUCGUCGAUGAUCCCGUCGCCCACCUCGCUGAACUUGGUGCGAUGGACGAAACGUCCCGAAAAUCGUACCUGCAAUCACUCAGGACGCAGCGCCGGAACGCCCAGAAGGCUAUAGAUGAAGAGAAGGCAACUAGGAUGGCUGAGGCUAGGGCGCGGCGCCAAAAAAACCAGCCUUCGCGGAACACCAGUGAACCGACGCCAGCUAGGCCCGAGGAGGAGGCGAGCCUCUUCGACACCGCUGUGGUGAGAAGCCCUUUACCGGUGUCAGGAACGCCAUCUGCCUCCCAAACCAUGCAAAUUGCUCCGGGCAUCACCCCGGCCACGAGCAAAGAAUUCGCCAGUGGCAAAACACACAUGGCAGAGCCCGACGUCCCCAAGCCGUGCCCACUCUACGCCCACCUAAACUCGCGCGGAUACUUCAUGACUCCUGGUCUGCGAUUCGGAGGCAACUACAGCGUCUACCCGGGGGACCCGUUCCGGUACCACGCCCAUUUCCUGGCCUCGAGCUACGGCUGGGACCAGGAGAUCACCUUGCUCGAUCUCGUCGGGAGCGGGAGACUGGGCACGGCAGUCAAGAAGGGCUUCCUCCUGGGCGGGCAGAAACCGGAAGAAGGCACAGCAGCAGAUACGGACGCGCACGCAACUGGCGACUGGGCAGGCGGCGAUGUUCGUGUCUUCUGUAUCGAGUGGGCCGGCAUGUAGUCGGGCCUUGGUUGUUGUUUACAGCAAUGAUAGACAGAUACCCUGUGCGUCCGAGCUGUUCUGGCUGGGUUCGUAAUGAAAAAAAAAAUAAAAAUUUUACAAUAUGAAGAAAGCCUCCUUGUAAAGAGCCAGCCGUAUGUACGUCUGUAGGUAUGUAUGUGUUGCUACCUCAAGUUCUACGCUCCGAAUGCCACCCUCCCUCGUAACAAAGA